CCAAUAGCAAUUGAUCUACCGGACAAUACGCGGGUUAUACGUUGUUUCCCAUCGAACAUGCUGAAAUUUUCAUUUUCUGAUUACUUUCGUUUCGCGUAAAUACGCGUACGUGGAAGCGAAUAUUUUUACGAACUAAAUAUUUAAGAAACGUGACAAUCAAUGACUGCGUUCUACUAGUUUACAACAGUCCGCUGGCGGUCAUCGUUGCAUGUAAAGGGAUCGUUAAAGGAGAUCGUGAAAUGUGUAUACAUCCUAGAGCAGAGAAUAAUUUCUCGUAAAACAAAAAUUAAUUAAACGGACUAAAAAGAAUGCUUUGAGAUAUAUUACACGACUUAAUUGGUUACGUUUUUGUUGUAACAAAAUUAUAUUGUUAUAGUUGGUAAUCACAUAUCACAGUUAGAUAUAAUCUGUGGUGAAAAUAAACUGGCAACAGUGUCAACUUUUUUCUGUGUAAACAUAACCUGUACAAUAUGGUCUUCCACGAUUUUAUUAAUAAUACGUUUAUUUGUGAUAAUACAUUUUGUCACGCGUUUCGUACGAUAGAGAGAUUUUAAUAAUACAAGAAGAACACGUUGAUAAAAUAAGUUAUGUACACAAUGAGAUUGUAUAAUAGCGCAUUACAUUUUCAUUCGGAUAUUUAUUUAUAAAUGAGGUGACAUGACAUGCGCCACGGAAAAUAGGACAUAGCAAUGGCUUAAAGAAGAAAAGAACAUCGCGUGUACACUACUAUACACUUCGGUCGUUUCGAUGCUCAAUAAAUUUUGCUGUAUUUUUCGCAUGUCCAAAAACUAUCCUCUGUUGUUCCAAUAUAACAUUUGUUGUUCUUUGAGACACGUACAAAUCGUACACGUGCAAAUGUUGUGCUUGAAAUUGCAAUUCAAAUGUCACCAAAGCAACAGAGAACCCGUUCUCGAUUCAAGGUGAUAACUCCAUUUCGAUCACUGGUUCUCUGUGGUGAAAGUAGGCAAGAAAUGGAAGAUUGGUUGAAUGCAUUAAGAACAGUAACAAAGAAUCGUAUCCAGACAGAUUCUGGAAUUGCAGAAAUGCUUAGUGGCAAUCAUCAUUGGUAUGCAACAAGCCAUGCGAGACCAACAUAUUGUAAUGUUUGCAGGGAUGCUCUUUAUGGUGUUACUUCUCAUGGUUUAAGUUGUGAAAUAUGUAAAUAUAAAGUUCAUAAACGAUGUAGCAUAAAAGCAAUAAAUAAUUGCAAAUGGACCACAUUGGCAUCUAUUGGCAAGGACAUUAUUGAGGACCAAGAUGGGAACAUUACUAUGCCUCAUCAAUGGAUGGAAGGCAAUUUACCAGUAUCCUCAAAAUGUUCUGUAUGUGACAAAACUUGUGGCUCUGUACUCAGGCUUCAAGAUUGGAGAUGUUUAUGGUGUAGAGCUACAGUACAUACAGCUUGUAGACCUGCCAUAAGUGUUAAGUGUCCAUUAGGACCAGUUAAAUUGAGUGUAGUUCCUCCUACAGCACUGCAUAGUAUAGGUAGUGAUGAAGCUUGGGAAGCUACAAGACCUACUGGAUGCAGCCCACUUUUAGUAUUUGUAAAUAGUAAAUCUGGUGACAAUCAAGGUAUUAAAUUUCUUAGAAGAUUUAAACAAUUAUUAAAUCCAGCACAAGUAUUUGAUCUUAUAAAAGGAGGACCAGGACCAGGGUUAAGAUUAUUUCGUCACUUUGAUCCAUUUCGUAUUUUGGUAUGCAGUGGAGAUGGCUCUGUUGGUUGGGUUCUUUCUGAAAUUGAUCGCCUUGGGAUGCAUAAGCAGUGUCAAGUUGGAGUUCUACCAUUGGGAACUGGAAAUGAUCUGGCUCGUGUUUUGGGUUGGGGAUCUUCUUGUGAUGAUGAUGCUCAUUUACCGCAAUUGUUAGAAAAAUAUGAAAAAGCGGGCACAAAGAUGCUUGAUCGAUGGAGUAUUAUGACUUUUGAACGUAGCAUAUCUUUGCCAUGUCCUAAAAGUGUUUUAAGUCAGUCUAACAGUACAUUAAAAUCUAGUAUUACCCAUCAAUAUGAGGAUAAUGUUAUUAGUCAUAUAACAAACAUUUUGGAAUCAGAUCAAGAAAAUGUAGUUUUAUCUAGUAUUAAAAUUUUAUGUGACACAGUAAAAGAUUUUGCAACAUAUAUAAUGGAAAAUAUAAACUCAGAGGACCAACAUGUGGAAGAAAAAUGUAAGAUACUUCAACAAAAACUUGAUUUGUUUUUAGAAAUAUUGUGUAAAGAAGAAGGACAUCUAAAUGAGAAUUUAGAUGAUGCAGACAACAUUACUUUAACUACUGAAAUUUCUGUUUCACCUGAUAUUUGUGAAAAAGGAGUAUUAGAGAAACGGGAAAAAGAUAUAACAAAUUUGAAAAAAGUUCAAAAAAAAAGACAACUCAUAGAAAAAGAAACAGUAAUGUCAAGAGCAAAUAGUUUAAAAAGAAUUGUAAGAAAAAUUGUGGAAUAUUCGCAAUUGAUUACGGAUGAUCAGAUUAAUACAAAAGAUGCUACUAAAGUAGGAAAUAGUUCACUAGACGACGAUACUAUAAUAAAUUCAAUAUCAAAUAAAAGACAGCAGCUGGAUAUUCCUGGUUUAAGAGUGGACCACGUUGAUAAUUUAUCUGUAGGACCAUUAAUAGAAUCUGUAAAAAGCACAGAUAAUUCAACGUGUACUAGUCCAACGCCUAAUGUAGCAUCUCUGAGUCCAAUACCUGAUCUUAGAAGAGAUUCUCAACCCGAAGAAUUAUUAACAUUACCUGCACCUGAUGGUUUUGCUGAUAGUAGACGAAACAGUGAAAAUUUGCAAAGUUCAUUUAACUUUCAUAUGUCUAUGGACAAUGAACAAGAAGCAGAAACACCAGAAUCUAAUGAUCAACAAAUAUCUGAUUCUAAUAAUGUAGAAAUUUCUUCAGAAUUUCAAGUUAGUGUUACAAGAACUACUUUUGAUACAAGUUCACCUUCCGAAGAUGGAACUACACAAGACAUUUCUUCUGAAAUAGAUUCAAUCCAAUCACCAAUACAUGAAAAUAAAGCUAAGAUGGAAACAAUUAAAGGAUAUAUAAGUAGUGAUGCAUUUGAUUCUGAAAUUAGGCAUAUUGAUUCUCCUGAUAAUUCAGAAAUGGUCACUAGUGAAAUACAAAAUUCUGAAAGUUUAAUGGGACAAGAUUUAACUAGUAUAAUGAAUGGAGAAGAAUAUGAUUCUGUAAGAGAGUAUUUAGAAAAUGAAUUAGAAAAUACUGAUCUUACAAAUGAAAUUGCUAAACGAUCAUUUAAAAGAUCAACAAAAAGUUCUACUGUUAUAGAAAUAGAGAAUAAAAUAAAAUACAAAAUGGGAUCAACGGGACAGAAUGUAAACGAAAUGAAUAAGUUUAAAGAUUCUCACGAUGCCAAAGCAUCUGAUUUACUAAGUCCCGUAUGUUGCUUUACUGUAUCUUCGGAUGCAACUCCAACAAACGAUAAACAUAACAACUUUCCACCUACAAUAAGUGUUAUCAUUAAUCCUCCCAGUCCAUCAAUGUCAAUUGAAAGUCAACACGAUUCAGAUGUAGAAUAUAAAAUGAAUCCUUAUUUAAGACGACACACUUGUGAAAGUAUGGAAAGAUUAAGUGUAGAGCUACCAGAAUCGGGUUUUUCUCCUCAAGCAACUCGUCGAAUUAGCAGUGGAAGUUUGUUAAAAGCGUCAGAGGUUGUUUCUUUGGCUGCUACAGCUGCGAGAUUUGGUGGUUCCAGUGUAAGUUUACGUCAUGAAAGAGUAAAAUCUGUUGACAAAACAGAAGAUGUUAAAAAACUUCCAAUUAUUAAUCCAUUAGUUCUGUCACCUAUGUGGCCGAAUAUUAGUGGUGGAACAGGACUUAUUAGUCAAGCAUUACUUGCAAAUGCAGAUGCACUUUGUGCUGCAGUAUCGCCAUUAAUGGAUCCUGAUGAAACAUUAAUGGAAGGUUAUUUUGAACGUUGUGUCAUGAAUAAUUAUUUUGGAAUUGGCAUAGAUGCAAAAAUUAGUCUUGAUUUUCAUCAUAAGAGAGAAGAACAUCCUGAAAAAUGUCGAUCACGAGCAAAAAAUUACAUGUGGUAUGGUGUAUUAGGAUCUAAGCAAUGGUUACAAAAAACAUAUAAAAAUCUAGAACAAAGAGUACAGUUAGAAUGUGAUGGUCAACGAAUACCAUUACCUUCGUUGCAAGGAAUUGUUGUAUUAAACAUUCCAAGUUUUAUGGGUGGUACAAAUUUUUGGGGAGGCACAAAAGAAGGAGAUUUGUUUUUGGCACCUUCAUUUGAUGAUCGUAUAUUAGAAGUUGUAGCUGUGUUUGGUUCUGUUCAAAUGGCUGCAUCACGAUUAAUUAAUUUACAACACCAUAGAAUUGCGCAAUGUCAGACAGUUCAAAUUAAUAUUUUGGGUGAUGAGGGAGUACCCAUACAAGUUGAUGGUGAAGCUUGGAUUCAACCUCCUGGUAUUAUACGUAUUAUACAUAAAAAUCGUAUGCAAAUGCUUUACAGAAAUAGGGCACUUGAAACAUCUUUAAAAACAUGGGAGGAAAAACAACGCAAUACACUCAACGCAAUAUCUCAGUCAGCAUCUACUUUAAGCAAUACACCAUUGCAAUCACAACCUAAAUCUUUACAAGUACAUAAUAAACCGUCAUAUUUAAAUGAUGAUGAAAUGUAUAUUCUGCUGGGAUUCAUUGAGGUGGUUACAACUUUAGUCAAAUGGGUCAAACUUCUCAUUAUAUCACAUCCAAGUUUGGAACCAGAUUUGUACCAAGUUGCAGCACGAACAGCGCAAGCUCUUGAACAAGUUCACCCAGAUGGGAAAAUUUUACAAGGAAUUAAUUUAAGACCAGUAGUAACCGAGUUGGUGUCAAGUGCACGACAACUUUAUGAAGAUUCGUGUGAAUUACUUAGAGAUAAAGCACAUAAUCUAAAAUUACGAGAAGAUUUAGAAAGUAAGUUAUCAUUUUCUUUGGCCAGUAUGGAACAAGAAUUAAAAAAAUUUACAUUUGAUGAAGGAGGCACAGGAUUAGUAUAUUUACAAAACUUGCCAUCAGAUGAACAGGGAGAUAAAAAGAAUCGUCAUAGAGGUUUAUUCUGGUUAAAGUUUCGACGAUCAGGAGUUAAUUCUGGAACAAAUCCCAUUCGAGAUCAAGUUACUACGUGGGGUGUGCAAGAAGUGUGUUCCUGGUUGGAGAAUUUACAAUUAGGUGAAUAUACCGAUAAAUUUGUUUCCCAUGAUAUACGAGGUAGGGAAUUAUUAUCAUUAGCACGUAGAGAUCUCAAGGAACUUGGUAUUACUAAAGUAGGACAUGUUAAACGAAUCUUACAAGCUAUCAAUGAUCUAAAUAAUUAGUUAUAACUAAUUUAAAUAUUUAAAAGUAUAAAAUAUACAAUCAAUAAAAUAAUCUGUUAUGCCAGUUAAUAAUUAUUCGGAUAUUGUAAAAUGUAGGUUUUGAAUAUAUAGAUCAUUUAAAAAGUAGGACAAGGAUCGAAUCCUUAUAUUAUAAUUAAAAAUUUUAUGUAACACAAGCAUAACAUAAAUAUUCUAAUAAAAAGGGCACUUAGUGUGACACAGCAGUGUUAUGAGAAAAUUAUUUUCUACACUGCUGUAUAUGAUAAAAUAAUAUUAUUUGUGCCAAACUGUUGAACCGGUUCUAUGUCAAAAGACAAAUGAUUAUAUAGGAAUUAUAAGAAAAACUUUUUAUCCUUUAAAAAUACAAAUAUGUUAUAGUCAUGUCUAAUGAGAUAUAUUUUAAUGCAAUUCCUAUUAUAAAAUAUUAUUAGACAUGAGCCUAGCAUCAAUAAUGCAUUUAUUAAACAAAAAAAAUUUUAAUUCAUUA